UUUAAUUUGUAGAAUUAUCUAACCCCACAAACAAAAAAUAGGCUAUUGCUGUGCGCUCUUAUGGUAUGAAAUACAUUGUCCAUAGGGUUAAUUAGUGGCCUAUAGAGGGACACAGCACGGGAGUUUUUCUUUGAGGCUUAUUUGGCCAUUGAGAUCUCGAUUCAGGAUGCUUUGCGGUACCUCGCAACUGUUUACUUUGAUUGCGUCAUAAUAGCGUGUCAACCUGUAACGGUCAGAUACACUUUAUAUAUCGGGCAGAGCAGUAACGUUGUAAUGUGGCUUCAACCCCACCUUUGCCCUUGGUAAAGAGCGCGCAACCACCAGAACAGAACAGGAUCGAAGCUACAUCCGUGGCUUCGCGGUAGAGCAUCAAAUAACGUUAGGGAGGUCAUCAUGGCGAUGUGUGACUGAAGAAGGGAGAAGUUAACAUGUUUGCCACUGCAGUAAGUUACAUGGGCCUCUGUGUGCCCAGGCUCCUGCAAGCAUUCGAGGAGGAGUUCGGUUCAGACGGGGUCAUCGGGCUCCACCUUUUUCUGAUUAGCCUCUCCAUCCUCCUGCUCUGGGCCAUCCAUUUGUGUAAAGACGAUGAUGAUGUCUUCGGCGACAUUGACCAAGAGCUGGUCAAUAACUUCACAGAGGGAGUUCAUCUCUACUACAGCUACCUCCAACGACUGGAGGAACUAACGUUACAUAUGGAGGACCUCACCACUGAGGUGGACCUGGAAUCCUGCUCCGACUCCCAAUCGUGCUUUGACUCAUGCUCAUCCAGAUCAUCUUCUAGAUCACAUUCUAGAUAUUCUAGAUCCUCCAGAUCUAGUGACUGCAGCAAAUGCCGAACCUGCAAUAAAAGGCGGAAACAGCAUCCAUGUGACAGGUUUAAAUUCCUGAAAGGCGGUAGUCCAGAUAGUCCCAGCCCUCUGGUUAGUCCCAGCCCACUGGCUAAGCCCUGCCUCAAGCUACCAGGAGGUGGUGAUGAUAAGGACAGUCACCAUGGCUGCACGCACGCCUCCUGCAGCUCCUCUAUGUACGUGACUCCUUCUGACUCCCCUCUACCUCUGGAAUACCAGCCCUGCCCUCGUCAGCUUACUGCUAUUGGUUGGAGGCUAAACUGGACUCUGAUGGAGGCCAAACUGGACUCUCCUGUCGCUGUGCCUGUUGCUGCUGCUUCUACUGUCACUGGCUGUAAAGACAGAGCUGCCUGCCGCACAGACCACGCAGACCGCUACAGGACUCCGACUGUGAGACAUAUUCCAAUGGUGAGACAGCUGUUUGAGGCCGUGCCGAGGAAAGGACACCCGGCCGUCCUGUGCCUCUGGCACCGCAGACACUUUGAACUCAACGUGACACAGAAGGUGGCCCGCAAGCGCUGGAGGAUUGCCGUGCUGAUGAUCUCCAUCAUUAGGUGGCUGCUCCCCGAGAGACUGGAGGGAGGAGGCACCACCAGCUCAACCUCCACCACUGCGUCCACCCCCACUACCACCUCAGUAACCUCUCAGGCUAAGAAAGGAUCCAAGAUCAUCAGGAAAACUGCCAGUGUUCCAGCCUUCUGCCCUCAUGUUGCCAACCCUCCAUCUCCCUCCCAGGCUCCAUGCCAGUCUCCAGGGUUGGAGGGUAAACCCAAGUCCAUCAUGAUGUACACUCAGAGCGCCAGGAUCCCCUUCAUUUCCCAGGAGGUCCGAGAGAAGCUUGAGUCUCAUGUUUGCCGUAAGCAGAGCCAGCGCCUCUGGGGCUUCCCCAAACUGGUCACCAGGUACAUGGGCGACCUUGCGCCUCAGCAGCUCCCCACUACCGGCAGCGCAGGCGACGGGAAGAUCAUGGGCAACGUGACCGACCGUCAGGCGGUGUUCUCUGGACGAGCGCACCGCAACACAGAGUUCAGGUUGAAGAACAAAACUACAAGGCCAGCGGAGGAUCCGCAGGCAGCUGCAGCCGCAGCAGCAGCCGCAGCGAAGGACAGCUCACCAGUCACCAGACCUGUGGAGAAGACUACCACCACCAGCACUGUGCUCCAGCCAGCCGAGACCCACGCUACCAAACCCCCCCACACCAGACCCUCUCUGAACCAGACCUCCCCUGUGGUGAGCUUGACCCCGGAGAGACGCUGGCUGGAGGAGAAGGUGAGGAGUAAGUGUAUGGAGGUGAAGCUCAAACACUUUCCCGGCAUGGUGGCCCAGUCAUACCACUCCGCCUUUGCUUCGGCAACCAGCCAGCCAACCAUGAAACCCACCCAGGUGGCAGAAGCCCCCGCUGUUUUUCGGAAACGCACCGCCCCACUCAGACGGAGGGAUAAGGUAUUGUUCAUGGACCAGGAGGAGCUGAGGCGCCUGGAGGACAACCUGAUCAUGAAACACAUGGAGCACCUUCACAGGCAGGGAGUGACCACCGCCUCAACCCCCUCGGCCCACACCCAGGGAGUGACGACCUCUUCGGCCCCCCCGCAAAGCUCUCACAGCCUGGCUCUAGAGACCUCGACCCACACCACCACUGUCUCACAUCCCCAUCCUGCCCUCAUGAAACAGCUGGUGUUGGUGAAUGGUUUGGAAGGAGGCGUUGGGAAGUGCAAGACCCUGCUGGCUCCACAGCAGCACCAGGUAAAGCCUAGUUCAGCCGCAGCCAAGGUGGUAUCAGGACCCGCUGAUUCUGCAGUAUCAUCCAGCACUGAGGCUCAGAGGUCCAGCAGGCUCCCUCUGCCUCCUUUGAUUAGGCCUCCCUCUCGUUUUAUUUCUGCAUAUUUUACCUAAAGAUGUAUUCAGAAGUGAAUAGUAUGUAUUCUUUCUACCAAAUACAUUGUUUUGCAUUUCA